GAGGAGAAGCAGGCUCCCUGCUGAGCAGAGAGCUGGAUGUGGGGCUCUAUCCCAGGACCCUGGGAUCAUGACCUUAGCUGAAGGCAGAGGCUUUGACCUACUGAGCCUCUCAGGCGCCCCUUUUGUUUAAUUUUUAAAGAGUAUACACAAGAAUCUUUUUCCUCCUCUAAUUAAAAUCAUAGUGCAUCACUCUAAGGAAAAAUGAGCACAAAGUAGUGAUUUGUACCUGUAAGUGGAAUUAAGAAAAUUGAUGAGUAUUCAUAAGAGUAUAAAAUAAACAGUCUUUUCUUUUAAGUCAUCUAAAAACACUAUCUUUUAGAAUUGGUACAUUGGCAGGUUAGCCUCAUUUUAUAUGUCAUUAUGAUCAGUGAUACUGCUUUUGAGUAAUUAAGGAAUAUAUCGUAUGACUGUUUAAAGGCAGUGUUUUGAGUGGUUGCAUCAAUAUCAAGAAUCAUGCUGGGGCACCUGGGUAGCUCAGUGGGUUAAAGCCUCUGCCUUCAGCUCAGGUCGUGAUGCUGGGGUCCUGGGAUCGAGCUCCGCAUGGGGCUUUCUGCUCAGCAGGGAGCCUGCUUCUCCCUCUCUCUCUGCCUGCCUCUCUGCCUACUUGUGAUCUCUGUCAAAUAAAUAAAUAAAUAAAAUCUUAAAAGAAAAAAAAUAAAAUAAAAAAAAAGAAUCAUGCUAAGAUUCUACUUACCUGAAACCAGCAGAGGAAAGUUAUCAUAAUGGUGACACGCUUAUCUUGGCAUGCCCAAAUACUGAUACUUGUUGGAAGAUUUUUUACAUGAAGAGCUGUCUGCUUUAAAUUAGUAUAGCUCUAGUAAAGUCAUUUUGGAGGUGGUGUUAGUUAAUUUAAUUCUUAGAAAAAAGACAUGGGAAUAAAUAAAAGAUAAUAUUUACAUCUGUAGUCCUUUUCGCCCUAUCUCCCAAGACUUCCAUGUGGACUAUCUGUCCAUUGUACAAUAAUAAAUUGUACAUUUGUGCCUUGUAAAGAAUCCUGUUCUUCAGGACUGAGAGGGGUCUGAAAUAGAAAUUACUUGGUACUUAAGAGAAACUUUUCUUCUAGUUUCUCAAUAUAAUUGGUCUUUCCUUUUUUUAAAAAAGGAUUUUAUUUAUUUAUUUGCCAGAGAAAGAGCAUGGGGAGGGGGAGGGCAGGGAGUGAGAAUACAAGCAGGGGGAGCAUCAGGCAGAGGGAGAAGAAGGCUUCCUUCUGAGCAAGGAGCCUGAUGUGGGACUCUGUCCCAGAACCUGGGAUCAUGACCUGAGCCAAAGGCAGACACUUAACCAACUGAGCUACCCAAGGGUUUCUGAUCUUCCCAUUUUCAUGUUAUUCCAGCACAUUUGAUUGUUAAAAAGCUACUAAUGACUGCCUUCUCCAAUCUUUCUUGCCUUGGAAGGAUCUAAUUGGGCAAUGAUGAAAGUAUUAACUUGCAUCUCUGAGUACUUAGAAUCAGAGAACAAAUCCCAAAUUCUGCUUAGAAUCACACAUAGAGGAUUUUGCAAGUGCAUGGUGCCUAAGUCAAGCAAGGAGGACCUGAGACUCCUGUAACAAGAAUUGAGGGUAGGUUAUAGAAAGAGCCAAAUACUUAGUAAGCAAGGAAGACCAAAGCUAGGAAGAGUGAGCAUCUAUAGAAGAGGGUGAAUUAUGGAGGCAACUAUCCUCUGGAAAUGGCUGUUUUUUGUGUUUCUGGUAGCAUGUACAGGUAGCCUGUGUCCAUAUAUAGAAGCUGAGGUGGAAUGACUACCCUUCCUCUUCUCGCUCAGACCCCUCUUACCAAGUCUCAAGUUUAAUGAAAACCUGACCCUCAAACUUGAAUGAUGUAGAGCCAGGAAGUCCAUAUGUCAGGGUUAAGUUGGUUGGCUAUAAGAGAAUAAGGAGUCAUGAGUGCUGUGGCAAAAUGAAGAACCAAUGUAGUCUAAAGUUCUAGCUGAUUACUGCCAUUAGGAAUGGGGAUUCAUGUUGGUAGGUUUUCAGUUUUCAGGAGAAAUGGAAAUUGAGUUUUUGGUGAAAUUUCCUACAUUUUAAAUAUUUUUGUGAGUCAAGCAAAAUUGGAUUCUACCUGUAGCAUGCCAGUGUGUUUCCUUUCCUUUUAUGCAUUUCCUGUGCCUUCUUGACAGUUCCUAUUAGUGUUCUUCUGAAAUUUGUGUCUUCUAGCAAGCAAGUAUGGGAGCUGAUUGUGGUGUCAUUACAAGUCUGUUCUCUCCAUUAACGUACCCAAAUUAUAUUGGAUUGUUGUGGCAUAUCCUAGAGGCAUGUGAAGUGGAAGAUGGCCAGGAACAGUGGGGUAUUUAAUUUGGAAGACUACAGAGUAAUAGCCUCUGUUUCAUUAAAGGUUCCUGGGUGGCCGUCCUCCUGGUUUGGGUAGAUGGGUAAUAAUGUCAAAAAGACAAUCAGUAUCUCCCAUUCACAUAUUCUCUACUGAUAUUUACCACUGAUCUCUUUGUACUAUUUCUUGAUAGACCAGAUCUCUUCCAGAACAGAUAAUUUUUUUUUUAGAUAUUGUUUAGCUAACAGAAAACCUGUGGGGGAUAACAGAGACUAGAGAUGUAGCUGGAGUAGACAGCAUAAUAUUCAGCUUUCAGGGAAAAUUAUGGAUUGAUCAUAUCUAUUCCCUAUACAUAUUGAUCCCUUCUAAAAUCCUCAUAUGCAGAGUUUGGAAACCAUAAAUUAUAAGCUUUUGUUUUUUAAUUGAAAUGCUUAUUAAUUAUUUUUGUGUGGAUAAUGCAUACACAAGAUAGGAGUGAAGGAAGGAAGGAAAGAAAGGAAGGAAAGAAGGAAGAAAAAAGAAAGAAAAAUAAAGAAAAAGAAAAGAAAACCAAUAAAGAAGAAUAUAGAUUGGAAAGUUAGGUCCUGUUCACCUCAAACCCUGCUUCCUCUUUGCUUCUCUGCAGUGAAGGAAGGCCAAAGAGCUGCAUUUUGUCUUCAUGGAAAACUUAAAGCUUUGGCAGCAGAGCCCACAGCAUUGGUGUAUCACAGGAAAAGAACAAUCCAACUUGAAGCAAAAAUGAGGGUUAUUGAAAAUAAUUCCUCAAAGAUUCAAUUGCAAAUAGACAAAAUGAAACAACUUAGGGCAGAAUAUGAGGCAAAAGAAGUAAGAUAUCAUACUUUCUCCAAAGAUCCUUCAAAACCUAUUCCAGGCAUGACUCUCCAAGAAUCUGUCAAUUUAGUUGCUCUCACUAAAUACCUGAAACAUCUUGAAGAUAAAUAUGCUGAAAUUAAACAGGCUAUGUUGAAAAAAUACGUACCAAUUCAGAGGAAGGCAGAGUUAGAUGAGGAAAUGAUUAUGACAUUAAAACGGAGAGAUUUAGCUGAAAAUUUGAACAAACAACUACAGUUUCGUCAUCAGAGACUGCAGAUUAUUUCAAAUGCAUUUAUUUCCUGGAUAAAAUCUGAUAUGAGCAGCUCAUUUGAAGACUUUGUAGAGCAUAUUCAGAAAACUAAAAGUUUACCUGUAAUUAUAGGUGAUGAAGGCAUUGUUGAAGAACUGCUUGAAGACGAUCCAGGCAAGGCAAAAGGAGCUGAAAUUUUGCUUUGCUACAUUGAAAGGUUCAGUGAAUUAAUGUCGCUUGGUGAAUAUGAAAAGGCGGCUUGUUUUGCAGCAAACAGUCCUAGAAGAAUUCUUCAAAACAUUGGGACAGUGAAUAAAUUUAAGGCUGUUGGAAAGAUUAGAGGCAAGCCUUUUCCAUUACUCUUAUUUUUUGAGGCCAUCUUUAGUACAAGUCAUGCAUAUAGACGUCCUAUUAAUGCAGAACUAACCCUGGAAGGAAUCAAAUGUGGAUUAUCUGAAAAACGUUUAGAUUUAGUUAUCAAUUGGGUCACCCAGGAAAGGCUCACGUUUUCUGAAGAGUUGGGGGAUGUGAUUUGUGAUUAUGGGGAACAGGAUACUUAUAACAAAGCCAAGUGCCUGGCUUUAGCUCAGAUGAUCUACAGUGAAUGUGGCCUGCACAAGAAAGCUCUUCUUUGCAUAUGUAAACAGGGCCAGAUUCCUGGGGCCAUGGAAUACAUACAGCAAUUCAAGGACUUUACUUACGAUGACCUGAUGCAGUUAAUAAAGUUAUGUCCUCACAUCGAAUUAAUUCAGUGUCUGACUAGAGAAUGGAAUGGGAAACCACCAUCUUUAUCUUUUGGUCUUGCUAUACUUCAUCUGUUUUCUGUGGAUCUGAAAAAAGUUGGCAUUAAGCUACUUCAAGAAAUAAGUAAAGGUGGGAAAAGUAUAGUCGAACAUCUUAUGAUAAAUGAUCAAUUUUUCUCAUUAGAAAACUGGCAAGAAAUAGCAAAUAUAUGUUUACAGAAUGGCUUUGACCAGUUAUCUCAAGACAUCAUGUCCAUUCUUCGCUCUCAGGCUGGAGUAACUGAAAUUUCUGAAGAGGAUGAUACAGUCAACUUAAUGGAACAUGUUUUUUGGUAGUUCUGUGUCUUAACCAGCUGAGGGAGCUUAUAUAACAUUUUAUGUGUAUUGGUUGGGCAAACUAAUUUUGGCAUACCUAACUUAAAAAUAAAUGUAAAGUAUGAAGCUCUCAGAAAA